GAUUGCGGUUUUAAUGCAUUCUUAGCAUCUCUUCUGGCUUACGGUACUUCAUUCCCACCAUAUCACAACGGCAUCAACGGCUUCCGUCGCUUCCUGGAUGCACAAGCAGCAUCGACACAUUGGUCACAGCAAGCACACCUCGAUCGGAUCCAGAACGAGCACAGCACCUGACAACUCAGCAAGGAUCGUGACAGUCCUAGAAAAGAUUAGUGGAUAGACCAGAGUGUCACAAGAACAACAAGAAUGUCAGAAAGGCAGGAAUCGGGGUCCUUCAUAGAGGAAGAUAACUGCAGUGGUCAAAGAGAAGAGGACGAAAAUGGCGACUUUCCUAUGAAGACCUUUGGAGAUGAUGAGGACGACGACGACGACGACGAAGGAGACAAGGGCGAAAUGGACUAUUCGCCUUCGACCGGAGUAAUCUGUACCGUCCUUACACCUACUCCAGCCAUGACGGAGGCUUCGGAAGUCUCAACGGCGGAUGGUCACUACGAUAGUAGUACGGCUUAUGCUCUGAAUCUUCGACGUGACCAACUUUAUCAUCAAAUGUUCCUGCUGUCCGUUGCGACUGCGGCUGCUUGGGCGGUUCUGAUUGCGACGCUGCUCCCAUGGAAUGUUUUACUGGCGCUGAGUGCCGUGGCAGUCUCUUCGGGGCUCUUGUCCUUCGUGGGAUUCCAACGCUUCUUGUUGGAGUUCCGACUGGUGUUGGCUGGAGAUGGAUUAGUGCAGUUCUUACCGCAAUCCAUGGUGGAUCAGUUGACAAACACUUCGUUGCAUCAGUUCAUGAGAGAUGACACGUUCUUCAGAGAAUGGGGUUUCAUGGCAAUCUACCUUGUUCCGGGUAUUUCGGAGGAUCAGAUCAACGCAUAUAUCCGUCGUCUACCACGACAUCGUCGAAACUUGUUGACUCGACCUGGAUUGGGACACUUUUUGGGCGACCCCGUCAUGCGGGUUUUGGUGGGAGAAAAUCGAUGGCAACAACAGGCGAUUGUAGGAAACACCAUUGAACAUCCCACUAUGCAGGUUUCAGAAAGGGCAGCAUCUGUUCCUCGGGCCCUGUUGGAAGGUUCCAAUGAUGAAGAUAGUGAAGGAGACGAACAAGAAAGAAUCGAUGGUUCCGUUUCGGGGGUCGUCGACUCACCUAUCGUCGCGACACGCUCCUUGAUUGCUUCAUCACCAGAAACAGCAGCUGUAGCGACAAUGGCAGCACGUGCUCUCUUCCCGCCAAUUCCGCGAGAUGCAGGAGACGAUGAGGCCAGCUGCGACAGUGAUGACAGCGACGACAAUCUGCUGAUGGAUCCUGCUGAGCUGAUCGGGGCAGCCAUUCAAGAUGUCAUGAUGUCUUAUGCACGAUGGGCGGGUACUAAUGCUUUCUUGGUGACUCAUGAUUAUCUUGUUGAGCCUGCCUUGAUUGCAUCCGGAGCGACUGGUCUCGGAAUGUCUUUUCUUUCUUUUGGUCUCGGCAUGUGGCAGUACAGCAAUCGCCCUCGCACUAGUUCCUAUCAACAAUCUUCAAUGUUCACAUCGGGGUCAUUUUUGAUUGGUUCGGGCGUCAUUGGAGGUUUGUCGGCGGGAGCACUCAUCUACAGUCGAUCCGCCAUUCGGAGUUUUAUCAUGGGUCAACCACCAACCCAAGCAGCAUCCAAAUCAAGGACGAACCCUCAACCUCCAAAACCCAAGCGGUGAGGUUGAGUGAAGUAAAGAAUGGUCGUUCUAAUGCUGGUUUGGGCGCAUAUGGUGUUGGUGGCUUCCGUGAUGACUAUCAUUUGGAGAUUAGUGUACUUUCCACAAUGAACUGAAACAAUUUUGGUCGAUUUGUUGGCUUUCUUAAUUAAGCAGCACUUUUGUAAUUUGGCAAGGAAGAUGAGAGGAAGCCAUGACUGUCCGCAGUCGUUGUUGGCACCUGGGUCUGUUGUGGGAGGUUUGGGGAUACAUUAUUUCGCAUAUCAUCUUACGACUACAAACUAGACAAUGGAAUUGGCAUGGCACCAACAGUUCCUCCAUCAACAUUCAAAAUGACUCCAGUACACCAAGAUGAUGCCUUGGAACUCAAAAAGAUUGCAGCUCCGGCCAUAUCAUCUUCCUCUCCCAUGCGGCCCAAGGGAAUCUUGUUCGCGAGCGCCUGAGCAUCGCCACCCCAUGUAGCCAAGCCAGCACUCAUCCGACUCGGUACAAAUCCAGGCGCCAGAACAUUGACGGUAAUGUGCUUGGGUGCCAACUCCCUUGCCAGAUCUUUGGUCAAAUGAUGGACGGCUGCCUUGCUAGCGUCAUAGGCAUGUGUUGGUGCUUCCUACGGGAGGAUAAUCAAUCAAAAGGGAAAAAACACAUCAAUACCCCGGUUGAAUCACACGUAAAGAGCAUCGUGUUGCUUGACUUGGAUUUGCUUACCUGAGGCACCAUUCCAGCCACUAGAAGCACAUGCAUGCACAUUCAAAUGCCGUUAGUCGGGCACAGAACCCAACAACAAUUUUUAUUUCAAUUCGUUUCAAUGGAACUCACCACUUCCAAUGUUAAUGACGCGUCCAGGAUCAUCUCCCGUUUCUCUCUUCAACAGGGGGAUGCAUUCUCGUGUCAGGUAGAAGAGACCCUUGACAUUGAGGUCAAAUACCUUGUCGAAGCCCCAAUUGGCCUUGCCGGAAUCGCGAUCUAGGGGUUCUCCCCAACUAGCGCCGGCAUUAUUGACAAGUACAUCAAGUUUAUUGUCGAAUACCGAUGCCGUGUGACUGGCCAAGGCGACGCAGCCUUCUCGGGUGGAGACAUUGGAUGCAACGUACUGUACAUUGUCCGACUUGAGACUCUCGGCUGCUUCCGCACACGCCUUUUCAUCUCGACUUGUCAACAGCACUUUGGCACCGGCGUCUACGAAUCCUUUGGCAAUCAUCAAUCCAAUGCCACGGGAUCCCCCCGUCACAAGGACGUUCUGCCAGAAUUAAUGAAACAAAAGAUGAGUCUAGAUAGAACCUUGUACAUCGAGACAAGUAACGUCAUCGAUGCAGCGUACCUUCCCAGCCACCGAAAACAGGCUAUUCAACUUGGUUGCUGCGGACAUGGUCUGAUCUUCUAAAGGUUUGUGCGGUUGUCUUCUUUAGCUGCUGGUCUGGGAGCAGAGUAGAUCAGGCUAUAGCUAGCAAGGGUCGUGUCAAGAAAUGGCAUCUGCAAGAUGAUGACUUCGAAGAUCCGAAGAUCCAGCAUCGAAU